CCCGGCGCAGGUGAGCCCGCGGCGGGACCGGAUGGGUGCGAGGUGCCCGGUGUUUAGCAUUGCCCGUGGUGCAGUCGGCCUGGUGCUAGUUCCCCGUGGCCCACAGGCGGCAUGGCGGCGCGUAGUGGCUAGGCGAGGCGGAGCCUGGGGGGAGCCUACCCUGAAGGAGCGAGGACCUCGUUCGUAACGCUGGCACGGCGGAGAGACAGGUGUUGAAACUUCAGUGGGCCAUCUUCGGCCUGAGGAAGUUCUUUCUUGAAAUUUGGCAGCUUACAAUGAGUGCACCAAAUAAAGCGAUAGAACUACAGCUGCAAGUGAAGCAAAAUGCUGAAGAGCUGCAGGAUUUUAUGAGAGAAUUGGAGAGCUGGGAAAAAGAUAUUAAAGAAGUGGACUCUGAACUAAGGAAACAAAGUGGUGUCUCAGAAGAGAAUUUGCCACCGAUUCGAAACAAGGCUUUUAAGAAAAAGAAGAAAAGCAAAAGUAAAGUCGCUUCAAAGAUAACCACUGAGGAAAACAAGAAAAACAAGAUCAAGUCUUACGAUUAUGAAGCAUGGGGAAAACUUGAUGUGGAUAAGAUACUUGAAGAACUUGAUAAAGAAGAUAGUACUCAUGAUUCUGUAUCUCUAGAAUCAGACUCUGAAGAAGAUGGAAUUCGUAUAGAUACAGAAAAGGCUCUUGCAGAGAAGGAAAAGGGUAAUAACUACUUCAAACAAGGGAAAUUUGAUGAAGCUAUAAAAUGCUACACUAGAGGAAUGCAUUUCGAUCCAUAUAAUCCGGUAUUGCCCACAAACAGAGCAUCAGCAUUUUAUAGAAUGAAAAAGUUUUCUGUUGCAGAAUCUGACUGCAAUUUAGCACUUGCUUUAGAUAAAAAUUACACAAAGGCUUAUGCCAGAAGAGGGGCUGCUCGCUUUGCUUUGAAAAAUCUUCAAGGUGCUAAAGAAGAUUAUGAAAAAGUCUUAGAGCUGGAUGCAAACAACUUCGAAGCAAAAAAUGAACUGAAGAAAAUUGAUCAGGCUCUGUCAUCGAAAGAAAGCUCAGAACAGAAAGAGUUUGAUGGUGUGGUCAGGCCUGAACUAACAGAGGAAGAGAAGCAGCGCAUUGAACACCAGCAGCUCAAGCAGAAGGCUAUUACAGAAAAAGAUCUGGGUAAUGGUUAUUUCAAAGAAGGAAAAUAUGAGGCUGCAAUAGACUGUUAUACCCGUGGUAUAGCAGCAGAUGGCACCAAUGCGCUUCUGCCAGCUAACAGAGCCAUGGCCUACCUAAAGAUUGAAAAAUAUGAAGAGGCAGAAAAUGACUGUACACAAGCUCUGCUCUUAGAUCCCUCUUAUUCUAAAGCCUUUGCCAGAAGAGGAGCUGCCAGGGUUGCUCUUGGAAAGCUAAAAGAAGCUAUGCAAGAUUUUGAAGCUGUUCUGAAGUUGGAACCUGGAAAUAAACAAGCAAUAAGUGAACUCACUAAAAUAAGGAAUGAAUUAGCUGAGAAAGAACAGUGGACUCAAGAAUAUCCUGCAGUAUUGGUAAAAGAAUCGGAAAUAAAAAAUAUAGUGAAACUGAGUCAUAAUCCAUCACUCCUGAAAUCAACAAAGCCUUUGCAAAGAAUAGACAUUGAAGAAAUUGAUGAUGACACACCAGACAGUGAUUUGCCCAGCACUGCUUCUUUAGUCAAGAACUGUAGGAAUUCAGCGACUGCUGAAAGAACACAGAAUCUAGAUCAGGAUGAUCAGUUAGCUACAAUGGACAUUCCAAAAGCAAAGCACUUGAAAAUAGAAGAAAUCAGUGAUACAUCAGCAUUACAGCUUUGUGGUAGUGUGAAAGGAAUUUCAUCAGUGUUGGAUUCAUCAUUCCCUUUGAAUGGACAGAGAGAAAAAGAAAUCAAAGGGUCAUUUAAAUCUGCUUCUCCAGUCCCUGCCAUUCCUGCGAAUUCUUUCCAGCUUGAAUCCGACUUCAGGAAGUUGAAAGGCUGCUCAGAAAAUCUGUACUUGUACCUAAAGCAAAUAGAGCCUUCACUUUAUUCAAAACUGUUCCAGAAAUCCUUAGAUCCAGACUUGUUUAACCAGAUACUGAAAAUUCUGCAUGAUUUCUACAUCGAGAAAGAGGAGCCAUCUCUCAUCCUUGAAAUCCUUCAGAGGCUAUCUGAAUUAAAAAGAUUUGAUAUGGCAGUAAUGUUUAUGUCAGGCGCAGAGAAAAAAAUGACACAAGUAUUGUUCAAUCAUGUGAACCACAUGGGAUUGAAAGAUGCUUCUGUUGAAGAAUUGGAGAAGAAAUACGGCAUUUUCUCUUAGUGAGAUGACCGAUGUGUAAGUUUCUGUUUCCGCACCUCUUCCAUGUGGAAAUCACCUGAUGGAGCCUAUAAAGACUGGAAUUCUGUUGCUUUUGUAUAAGUAAUAAAACUCUUAAGCUUGGUUUAGCGAAAUGGCAAGUGCCUGAAGAGAUAAUUAUUUAGUUCUGCAGGUACAUUUGCUUCCCACCACCUGAAACAAUGCAGAUCUACAUUGUUUUCAGUGGAAUCUGUUUGCCUAAAAAACAAUUGGGCAGAUUGGCGUUCAGAAUUUGAACUGUAGAUAGAGAUCUUUAUUAAAAUAAAAAUAUUUAUAAACAUGUCUUUAGUAAGAAUCAAAUGGUGUAUAUUACAAAUGUGCAUGUUUUUUUAUUUUAGAAAAUAAACUGAAUGUUGAAGAUACUAAA